CCCCACGCUGCCCUCCCACCUCCCUGGGGGCGCCUGUGCUCAGCCAUGGUGGACAUGGGGGGCCUGGACAACCUGAGCGCCAACACUGCCUACCUGCGGGCCCGCAAGCCCUCGGACUGCGACAGCCGGGAGACGCCUGGGCCACAGGACUGUGCCGAGCUCCGCCGCGCCCUGGCCCCGCGCUUCCACAGCCUGUGCGAGCAGCAGCCCAUCGGCCGCCGCCUCUUCCGAGACUGCCUCCUGGAGGAGGUGCAGGCCUGGGAGCUGUCCGCCGGGCCGCCAAGGACGUCGCACUGCAGGGGCUGCUGCCACUUGUGUCCCUGCCUCAGCCCUGCGCUGGUCACCAGGUGCCGAGCAGCCACCACCGAGGAAGAGCGUGCGGCCGUGGUGGCACUGGCCAAGGCUGGGGCCGUGGGCUUGCAGGAGCGGCCCUUUAGAGACUUCCCGGAGACCUUCUACGGCACAUUCCUGCAGUGCAAGCUCUUGGAGACGCAGCGGGCAUCUGACAAGCGCUUCGGGGAAAGGCGGCGUUGGGAGGUGAGCGUCUCCGGGUACAGCCCUGUCUGUGCCAUCCAGGUGAAAAACACUGGUAAGAUGUGUGCCUGUACGAAACUGGACAAGAAGCGGCUGAAGAGGAAAAAUGGGGAGAAAAUGGCUCUCCUAGAAAAGGAAAUCUUAGAGAAGGCGAACAGCCCUUUCAUCGUCUCACUGGCCUACGCCUUUGAGAGCAAGUCCCACCUCUGCCUGGUCAUGACCCUGAUGAAUGGAGGUGACCUCGAGUUCCACAUCUACCGUGUGGGCACCCGGGGCCUGGCUGUGAGCCGCGUGGUCUUCUACUCAGCCCAGAUGGCCUGUGCGCUGCACCUCCACAGCCUGGGCAUCCUCUACCGGGACCUGAAGCCCGAAAAUGUGCUCGAUGACCUUGGCAACUGCAGGCUGUCUGACAUGGGGCUGGCUGUGCAGAUCCAGGAUGACAGGCCUGUCACCCAGAGGGCUGGGACCAAUGGCUACAUGGCUCCUGAAAUCCCCAUGCAGAAGGGCUAUUCCUACCCUGCGGACUGGUUUGCGAUGGGAUGCAGCAUUUAUGAGAGUGCUGGACGGACACCAUUCAGAGAUUACAAGGAAAAGGUCAGUAGAGAGGAUCUAAAGCACAGACCUCUGAAAGAGGAGGCCAUGUUCCAACGUGAGAGCUUCACAGAGGACGCGAAAGACAUCUGCAGACUCUUCUUAGAAAAGAAAGCACAGCAACGCUUAGGAAGCAGAAAAGACUCUGACGAUCCCAGGAAACACCCUUUCUUCAAAACCAUCAACUUUCCCCGACUGGAAGCUGGCCUAGUUGAGCCUCCAUUUGUACCAGACCCUUCUGUGGUUUACACCAAAGAUAUUGAUGAAAUCGAUGAUUUCUCUGAGGGGCGGGGGGUGGAAUUGGAUGACACAGAUGAGAAGUUCUUCAGCAGAUUUGCAACAGGUGCUGUCCCCAACGCGUGGCAGGAAGAAAUCCUAGAGUCAGGGCUGUUUGAGGAACUGAAUGAUCCCAACCAGCCAGCAGGUUACGGGAAGGGUAAUUCAUCUAAGUCUGGAGUGUGCUUGUUAUUGUGA